UGGGGAUUUUAUCAAAAAAUGACAAAUUAACUUUUAUUUACUCUGACAAAAUUGAUUUUUUUUUUUGUAUCUUGAUGAGAUCUAUGAGAGUUAAGUGACCAAAACUCCUCAGUGUCCACUUGUGAUAAGUUUGUGUGAUAGGCACAUGGGAUCGUAUUUAAGUUGGCAUGCUGCAUUCUUCAAGUCAAUGACACUUUUAAGGAGUCCAUACGGAAGAUGGAGAUUUCAUUGACAAAUGAAAACCUUUAAGUUUCAGUUAAGCUGGAUAUUGUGUGACAAAGCAGGCAGUGCUUAUGAUAAGCAAUUUUUUUUUUCACCACUAUUGCUAUCAGUAUAGAUAUUUACCAGGAAAAUCUGCUUCCUUUCACAAGGAAAGUGUUUUAAGAAAGCAGUUGGUUGGGAUGCAGUUUGGCAUAAUUAAGUUCGGUGGAUAUAGCUUUAGGUUGACGUCAGUGCAUGAAGAGUUCAGCCACCUUUUUGGUCAGAAUUAUCAUGGUUUAUAGACAGAGAGUUGAUGGCCCUUAAAUGAAGACUAACUCCGGAAUUACAUGAGAAGAAUGGCAUUGUUCACCUCAGUUCAAGGGGUCAAGGACAUUUUUCUUUUGCUGCUGCUGAUUGCUUUUUUCUCCAUGCUUUUAACCUAUCAUAUAGGACUUUACUUACCACACCCUCCUGUAGGUCACAGAGAGCCACAGGAAAACCAUGUGUUCAAGUUUCAUGAAAAGCGAAUUAUUAGAAAAACUGACACUGGAAAGGAGGUAUUCCUGCAAAAGAAACAAAGCAUUCAAAAGGUCCCUGCAGCUUCCGUGCCUGAGAAGCUUAAUAUCCUGGAUAAAAUUUUCAAGCUGGAAGAAAGAAUUUUGUUAGUAUCCAGAUUUCCUGCACUUGUUCGACAGGAGGGAGGGGUAGACAACAGCACUCGAAUCCUGGAAGAGCUGCUUCAUCACUUAGACUACGGCGUUGUGUAUGGGAAUAAAAAUGGACCAAGCAAUAUUGAAAAAUUAUCAAUGAUUUGGGAUUUAAAGGGACACAACUCUUCCACUGACAGGUUGAAAGACUUGCACAAGACAAACAACAUACAACGAUUACAAAGAAUUAUUUCUGAACCAUCUUACCUAUGUAAUGUACAGAAAAUUCAAAACGCAUUCUCAACAGUGAAGGUGUCGGACAGAACGAUCUGUUCUCUUCCCCCACAUUCAGGCAUUAAACAGGGGGAGUGGCAACACAAGAGCGAGCUUGACUUCGUACAUCUUCACAGGGAUGGGAACAUUACCAUUCAAAAACACCCAUCAACAGACAAGCUGACCCUUGACCCCCGUGUCCUCUGGCGUGUGUCUCCGGGGGUGCUGAUGUUGGAUGGGGCUCCCUUCUCUCUACGCUUGACCGCUCUCUUGACCUCCCUGUCCCCGCUUAGGGCCUACCUUCACUCCACCUGCCAGGUGUUCACCAUCAACCAAUCAGGACAGACCUUAAGGCAGGACUUAACCUCACUGUGGCACGUACGACAGAGUAUUCAACAGAAUUUUGAGGAGGAGGUGGCGCGGGGAUGGUGGAACCACAUGAUGAGGGGGUUAGUCAGUGCCCUGCUCACAGCGGAGCUAGAGGGCUGGAUGUCAGGAGUGGACAACCCCUGUAGCUGCAGUCGAUGCUUUCAGAGUCUUCAUCUAGAUGUGGUUUUUACAAAUGAGUUUCAACCUAUACUACUCAAGGCACAACACUCUAACCUCAGCCAGAUGCCCAAGGACAUUGUAGAUGAUGUGGUCAUGUUGACUUCUUUCAAGGACCCAGUGUAUGAAAAUGUGGUGAAAGCAGCCAGAAAAAUUCAACCACAGAAAAUGCAUUGUAGAUAUCCUGUGCCCUCCUGUUUACAGGACUCGGACCUGGUGUACAUACUGGAUACAAGGAGAGAAGCUAUGGUGCCGGUGGAUUUCCUUAGACUGUACCCUGCUCUCUCCAAUGAAUACAACCAACUAAUGGACUAUUUCCUCCACUUGUCCUUCACUCAUCCUAGAGGUGCCAGGUUCACCAAUGUCACCUCACCAAGCUGCCACCUCACUGCCGAGGUCCACCCUCUUAUUACGGAGACUGAACGGGUGUAUCAACCAUUCUCUGAGCGGAGGCAACACGAUCUAAAGAGAGUGCCUAACAAGCCAAUAUUUAUGUUAAGGAAGCUUGAUGCAGAGAUACCAGAGGAGAAAUUUAAUGAUGAAGACCUGUCACCUUCUCUAGGAAAGUCAUCCCCAAACUGCAGUACAGAUCUGCAGGACUUACCACUACUGUCCCAGAUCACCCUAACUCCUCCCUCUCUCCAGCUGACCCCAGAAUUUGACCCCCAUCACACCACAUACAAAGCGCAGACAGACUAUAACACGAUUGUCUUCUCUGUAACUGCCAGAACCAAACACUGUAACACUACAGCAAGAUUCCAUACUUCUGAUGGAGAUGAAAGCUCUAUGACGUACACCCUCGGUCUAGGAGAGAACAGUGUUAAGAUCCACGUAGUUAUGAAGUCCAACAGAGAACCAAAGUUCAUCAACACGUACCUUAUUUUGAUUUGGCGACAAGAAAGGGGAAUCCCCCAAUUUCGCCCCUCUCUACGAGUCUGUCAUCUGACACAGGAUUGUGAGCUGAAGUACUCUCCAAGAGAAAGUUGUGGACUGACUGCAGUAACCAAAUACAGAUCCUGGAGACUCUAUCUGAAGCACAGAGAUCAACUUCCUGUCUGUCAUCAGUCUGAUUAUCGGCAAGCUUCGUGGUUUGUUCCGUGUGAAGACUGUAAAAAUCCCAACUCAUGUCACUGGAGGAGUGCCAUGUGGCAGCCAGAAGUCUGCCAAUCCAAACAUUUGAAUGACCUCGACAUCAGCACCUGCUUCAGGGGCCGAAAGUUGCUUUUUAUAGGGGACUCAACCAAUCGGGGAAUCAUGCAUUACAUUCUGGAGAAGAUUAACGGUUCUAUUACGGAAUGGGACAAAACUCAUAACCUCAAACUCUAUAAAAGUAUCAAUGGCAACCAGACUGAUCUCAGCUACACAUAUUACCCACAAUUCUGGUUACCUACCAAUCACAGACCUGCAUUUGACAAGGCAAUAUAUCAGCUCAUCAAAUGGACACAACCUUUAACUGAUGACAACAGAACAGUGCUGGUAGUUGGUGGAGUUCAUUGGUUGGCUAGUCAGCAUUUAGAUCUCAUCGUCAAAGCUUUAAAGAGGGAAAAUUUAUCUCACAUUAAACUCAUCAUCAAAGGAUUGGGGUCCGGAUUCCAUCAGCAUGUAAAUGGUGUCCACUACUUACCAGAAGCAGACUUGCAGAAAGUUUUACUGAGAGAAGAGGAAUUAGAAAGACAUGGCAAAAAGCUGGGUUUUGAAUUCAUCAAAACAUUUAAAAUGACAAUGGCCAGAUUUAAAGAUUUUUUACAGGGGAAAUGUGCUUGCCAUUUUCAUAAGUUAGCAGAGAUGAAGAAUACCGGCCUCAGUAGACCGAUUUACCAUGUUGAAGGUGAAAUCAAUGCAGUCUACUCACAAAUGAUUAUCAACAGCAUAUGUAGGACAUGAAAAAGACAGGAUCGAGGACAAAUAUACACCUCUCAGUCUGUCUGUCUGUUGAUAUUGUCCAGGGUUCAGAUGCCAUCCACUAAAUAUUUACUAGAGACGAAAGAAACAUAGGUGUGAUUUCCUAGCUGCUAUACUCUACGUAUUAUGUUGUCAUUCAAGCUUACUAAAACAUGUACAUGUACACAUAAGAUAUGUCAUAUAAUAUGAAAUACUCAACCACAAAGGAAAGGCAUUUAAACAAUGUCCAUCUAUUGUUUGUGAGACGGGUUAUAUAUGAGGUACAUAUAUAUCUUGUAAAAGGGGUUAUAUAUGAGGUACAUGUUUGUAAGAGGGGUUAUAUAUGAGGCACAUGUAUUGUGUGUGAGAGGGGUUAUAUAUGAGGUACAUGUAUUGUUUGUGAGAGGGGUUAUAUAUGAGGUAUAUGUAUCGUUUGUGAGAGGGGUUAUAUAUCAGGUACAUGUAUUGUUUGUGAGAGGUUUACAUAUGAGGUACAUGUAUUGUUUGUGAUGAGAGGGGUUAUAUCCGAUGUAUAUGUAUUGUUUGUGAGAGGGUUUAUAUAUGAGGUACAUGUAUUGUUUGUGAGAGAGGUUAUAUAUGAGGUACAUGUUUUGUUUGAGAGAGGUGUUAUAUAUGAGGUACAUGUGUGUGAGAGGUGUUAUAUAUGAGGUACAUGUGUGUGAGAGGUGUUAUAUAUGAGGUACAUAUUUGUGAGAGGGUUUAUAUAUGAGGUAUAUAUGUUUGUUAGAGAGGUUAUGUAUGAGGUACAUGUGUUGUGUGUGAGAGGGGUUAUAUUUGAGGUAUAUGUGUUGUGUUUGAGAGGGUUUAUAUUUGAGGUACAUGUGUUGUGUGUGAGAGGGGUUAUAUAUGAGGUACAUGUAUAGUUUGUGAGAGGGGUUAUAUAUGAGGUACAUGUAUAGUUUGUGAGAGGGGUUAUAUAUGAGAUAUAUGUAUUGUUUGUGAGAGGUACAUGUACGGUGCAGCUUGAGAUUGCACACAAAUAUUGACUGGCACUGAUAAUGUAAUAAAACAUUUGAUAUUUUGUGUUGAUGACUGUUCGCUAAAGACAGAAAAUAUGGUUAGAUAUGUUGCUGUAAUUCUGUUUGCUGGUGAAGAGCUAGUCCAUAUGUGUUCAUUUGUUAAUGAGUAUCAUUAUAUUUCUGUAAGGUGCGUGUGUCCUGUAUUAAACAUACUAGAUACAUAUAUUACCGGGUUCACUAUGUAAUAGAUUAAUUACUGCUACAACAGGCAGUAUCUCUUUAUACAGGUGUUUGAAUAUUAACUACUCAUGUAUGCCUUGUAUGAACAUUUCAAAGAACAAAAUACUCUGUAUUUAAAUAUACAUUUGUUAUCAUUUAUGAAAGUUUAAUAAAAUGUUUUCAGAAAUUCA